CCGCCGCCCGCCCCCUCUCCCCCCGCCCGCCCGCUCGCCGCCUUCCUCCCUCUGCCUUCCUUCCCCACGGCCGGCCGCCUCCUCGCCCGCCCUCCCGCAGCCCAGGAGCCGAGGCUGCCGCGGCCGUGGCGGCCGAGCCCUCAGCCAUGGCCUCGGGCGACACCCUCUACAUUGCCACGGACGGCUCGGAGAUGCCAGCCGAGAUCGUAGAGCUGCACGAGAUCGAGGUGGAGACCAUCCCGGUGGAGACCAUCGAGACCACGGUGGUGGGCGAGGAGGAGGACGACGACGAAGACGACGAGGACGGGGGCGGGGGCGACCACGGUGGCGGGGGCGGCCACGGGCACGCCGGCCACCACCACCACCACCACCACCACCACCACCACCCGCCCAUGAUCGCCCUGCAGCCGCUCGUCACCGACGACCCGAGCCAGGUGCACCACCACCAGGAGGUGAUCCUGGUGCAGACGCGCGAGGAGGUGGUGGGGGGCGACGACUCGGACGGGCUGCGCGCCGAGGAUGGGUUCGAGGACCAGAUCCUCAUCCCGGUGCCCGCGCCGGCCGGCGGGGACGACGACUACAUCGAGCAGACGCUGGUCACCGUGGCGGCGGCCGGCAAGAGCGGCGGCGGGUCUUCGUCGGGCGGCGGCCGCGUUAAGAAGGGCGGCGGCAAGAAGAGCGGCAAGAAGAGUUACCUGGGCGGCGGGGCCGGCGCGGCGGGCGGCGGCGGCGCCGACCCGGGCAAUAAGAAGUGGGAGCAGAAGCAGGUGCAGAUCAAGACCCUGGAGGGCGAGUUCUCCGUCACCAUGUGGUCCUCAGAUGAAAAAAAAGAUAUUGACCAUGAAACGGUGGUUGAAGAGCAGAUCAUUGGAGAGAACUCACCUCCUGAUUAUUCUGAAUAUAUGACAGGCAAGAAACUCCCUCCUGGAGGGAUACCUGGCAUUGAUCUCUCAGACCCUAAGCAACUGGCAGAAUUUGCUAGAAUGAAGCCAAGGAAAAUUAAAGAAGAUGAUGCUCCAAGAACAAUAGCUUGCCCUCAUAAAGGCUGCACAAAGAUGUUCAGGGAUAACUCUGCUAUGAGAAAGCAUCUGCACACCCAUGGUCCCAGAGUCCACGUCUGUGCAGAAUGUGGCAAAGCGUUCGUUGAGAGCUCAAAGCUAAAGCGACACCAGCUGGUUCAUACUGGAGAGAAACCCUUUCAGUGCACAUUCGAAGGCUGUGGGAAGCGCUUUUCACUGGACUUCAAUUUGCGCACACAUGUGCGAAUCCAUACCGGAGACAGGCCCUAUGUGUGCCCCUUCGACGGUUGUAAUAAGAAGUUUGCUCAGUCAACUAACCUGAAAUCUCACAUCUUAACACAUGCUAAAGCCAAAAACAACCAGUGAAAAGAAGAGAGAAGACCUUCUCGACCACGGGAAGCAUCUUCAGGAGUGUGAUUGGGAAUAAAUAUGCCUCUCCUUUGUAUAUUAUUUCUAGGAAGAAUUUUAAAAAUGAAUCCUACACACCUAAGGGACAUGUUUUGAUAAAGUAGUAAAAAUUUAAAAAAUACUUUAAUAAGAUGACAUUGCUAAGAUGCUCUAUCUUGCUCUGUAAUCUCGUUUCAAAAACAAGGUGUUUUUGUAAAGUAUGGUCCCAACAGGAGGACAGUUCAUGAACUUCGCAUCAAAAGACAAUUCUUUAUACAACAGUGCUAAAAAUGGGACUUCUUUUCACAUUCUUAUAAAUAUGAAGCUCACCUGUUGCUUACAAUUUUUUUAAUUUUGUAUUUUCCAAGUGUGCAUAUUGUACACUUUUUGGGGAUAUGCUUAGUAAUGCUGUGUGAUUUUUCUGGAGGUUGAUAACUUUGCUUGCGGUAGAUUUUCUUUAAAAGAAUGGGCAGUUACAUGCAUACUUCAAAAGUAUUUUCCUGUACAAAAAAAAAAGUUAUAUAGGUUUUGUUUGCUAUCUUAAUUUUGGUUGUAUUCUUUGAUGUUAACACAUUUUGUAUAAUUGUAUCGUAUAGCUGUAUUGAAUCAUGUAGUAUCAAAUAUUAGAUGUGAUUUAAUAGUGUUAAUCAAUUUAAACCCAUUUUAGUCACUUUUUUUUUUCCCCAAAAAAUACUGCCAGAUGCUGAUGUUCAGUGUAAUUUCUUUGCCUGUUCGGUUACAGAAAGUGGUGCUCAGUUGUAGAAUGUAUUGUACCUUUUAACACCUGAUGUGUACAUCCCGUGUAACAGAAAGGGCAACAAUAAAAUAGCGAUCCUAAAGAAAGAUUAUGGCAGAAAGAGGUCUGUAAGCACAGCCUUAUUUUCUUCUGUUGUCCAGAAUACUUAUAAUUCUUGAGCCUCCCAGAAAUUGGAAGCUAAAUAAAGCAACUCGAGUUUCCUUUAUUUUGCACUCAGCGACAGUGACUGUGAUGAGACCCGUGCAUAGACACUUAAUAACUUAAUAUUUCCUAUGUGCCCUGAAUCCCGAAAGCGUAGGCAGUAGGCACCCCGAGCUAAGGGACUACCUCAGAGCAUACCAGAUGGCCCAUGGCCAUCAGCACCGCCCUUGACAUCAUGGUGCAUGUGGGAGGGAUGCCUUUGGUAGGGCUUGAUGCUUUCUGAAGGGAAGGCACCAACUGACAGUGGGUGCACCCAGGGAGGACAGGCCUUCCUUCCCAUCACUCAGGCUGCCUUCAAGGGCAGUGGCUCCUUGGCUUGUCUAAUAGGAAAUCCAGUGCAGUCCUUAUUAGAUGCUAGCAGAUGUAGCAAUUGAGUGCCAGUAGCUGUUUAAUGCUUGUAAACACACUAAGUGCAGAGCGGCAAGGCGAUUAGAUUAUUAGAAAGUUGUACUCAGUGAGUACUUGACUUGUCAUGUUGUGACCUCUUCAAUGUAUAAUUUUUGAAUUUUACUUAGAGUCAAAUACCAGACUUGUUAAAUAUUUUAUAAACUGCCGUGAUACAUCAAAAUCUCAUUUAUUCAAAAUGCAAACCUAACUGUCUGUCUUUCUGUGCUGAAUGCUUAACUACAAGGUAAAUGACAAACCAAUACCAGAUUUAGUCACAAAGAGGCCGGGAGACGAACCGGUUGGACAUGUAGCCCGAUUUCUUACAGCCUCCUGGGAGGAUUGGUGACCUAGAAACAGUGACCCUGUGGCUCUGUGGAAUUUUGAAGUGCCUUCUGAACCAUAAAUGAAAAUCAUAACUUGGGACACUUGUUUUUAUUCGUCCAGAAUCUGUUAUCCAAUGAGUAGUUGACGGGACUGAGCUCAUCAGCAGACCCAGCUGUGCUUGGAUGACAGGCUUUGCUGUGCCUGGCAGUCAGAAGAGAGAGAUGCUGAGCUCACGCCGUGCUGUCCCAUGCGAUGUGUGUACUUUGCCCAGACUCCAGGCCAGAGGAGCUGAGGAAAACCCAAGACUUUCCCCCCCAUUUGGUUUCCAUGCACAGGUUCUUCUGAAAGCCACUUGUCUAGCUAAGUUUGGGGAUGUAAGACCCUUUGAGGGGAUGAUGCGUGUGUGCACUGUUUGCCCGUGUUUCUAGGCAGAGUUGUAUGUAGCUCACGUCUUCACAGAAAUGAGCACCUACAGUCAGUGAGGUGUGUGGUGCUCCAGGGGUGAUACGGUGCUGGCCUGGCUUAGCACCCACCCACCUUCCGCUCUGCAGGGCUCACCUGUGCAGUAACCUCAGAUCACUCAUACUAUAGAGCGCCUGUCUGGGACCCAGGAAGUCUUGCCUCCUGCUCUCACCCACUCUACCACAGGCAGAGGCCUGAUUUCUACCUUUUCCUCUGUGCUCCACAAUUGGCAUGAUUUUGUCAGUCUGCGGUGUUCAUGUCUAUUCUCUCAACGUCUGUCCAGCUUACAGCAAGAGCAGGUACUUCAGGGGUCAGAACAAGGGGUGAGCAGAGUUGGCAGUAGAUGGCAUGCCUACUAAAAGGCUUUGUCCUUGCAGCCCUACUGGCUGUGGAAGCUGGCUCCUUUUCUAGCCCAGGUUGUUUGGCUCUGGCCAUAAGAGGCCCCGUCUGACUUUGCAGCCCCUUGGUGUUAGUGUGACUUAACACCUCUUCAGAGUCCAGGCCUAGCAGACCUGGCAGAUGCACUCCACCUAAGAUUUCAGCCGAGGCUAGGAAGUCAGAACUCAGGGGCAUAUGUGCUUGCUUGCAACUCUGGGCGAACACCUCAAUCCUGCUCUUUGGCUAAUCAGAACAACAGGUACUUCAUGCUUCGAAUCACUAACCUCCCAGCAGCAUUGACCAGACAGACUGGUUAGGUCUCCAAAGUACUGACCUCUUCCUCCACUUACUUGUCAGUGUUCUCAGGGUGUGUUCAGGGGCCUUGCUUGCCUCAGGUGGCUUAAGGACAGGCCCUUAGGAUCCGAGUGGCACCAGGCGGGAGAGGAUAGGUGUGUGGCUAAGAGGCUUCCUGGCAUCCUCUUUGGACCUAAUGGGUCAGUAUGGUGCCAGGAAGAUCAUCCUCUAGCCUGGACAUUAUUUAGACUUUACAGGAAGGGUGGGUGGCAAUUGUGAACAAAUGUCACUCUGUUCCUUAUAAAACAAACCAGUAAAGCGAGUAUUGGAGCUUGAAUGUUGGCAGUAGGUCAAGCAGGGUGCACCUUCCACAGACUAGUACAAGGUAUGCCCAACCAACAUUCUGGAGUCCAUUGAGGGAAGGGGAUGAAAUUAAUUGGCAGCACAUUGCCUGGCAUUCCACAGAGUGGCAGGUUUGAUGACACUUCUUAAGGCCACUCAUACACCCUAAGAAAUGACACUGGGGAUGGGUGACUGCUGGGUUGUCUGCCUCCCUGCCUGGGGCCACAUGGUGUCCACAUACGUAGCAUAAUGGAGUAGAGAAGGCAUCAGUACCAGAGUCACUCACCUCUUUAUAAUGCCAGCAGCUGUUGAGACUCUGAUGUCUACAAAUGACAAGAAAAGUUUUCAUUUUCUGGGAACUCCUAUAUAGGCCCUGGCUCAAGGACUUUGCAUUGUGUGUCAUGUACAUCUUUUUAAGUGUUCUUUGCUGUUCUGUAAUUGUCCUUGGUUUUUCCUUAGCUCAUAGAUCAUAGACACAGAAAUAUUGUAGUAUUUAAAGCAUCCGCAUCAAGCAUCAGAUGGCUUCGCAUCCAGGAAAACAUGAUUACUCAGUCUGAAGCACCAAGCAUGUGUAACAUGGCUCUAUACAAUACAAUAAAUGCUAAUGUUAAGCUUUUUAA